UCCCCUCCCCACCUCCCUCUCUUUCUCCUCAGUCUCCUCCCACUCUCUCCACAACCAUAUUUCACAGUAAAGAGAGGGGAAAAAAAUACAGUGAAAGAGAAGAAAAGAGAAUGAAAAAUGGUGGGAUUAAGUGUAGUUUUGGAGAAUCAAAAGAGUGGUAGUAUUAUAAUCAGUAAGAAAACUAUGUUAAUCAACAGAAACAACAGCAGCAGCGGUGGCAAAGCUUGUUCUUCGAGUUGUGUUUUGUUGUCUGCUCGUACAAAUUCUCAGUCAAACUACCCGGUUCCUGCUUUUCUUGAACAAUGCUAUCUUUGCAAACAGAAACUCUUACCUGGAAAAGACAUCUACAUGUACAAAGGGGACAGGGCUUUUUGUAGCGUGGAGUGUAGGUGCAGGCAAAUUUUCAUGGACGAAGAAGAGACUUUAAAGAAAGAGAACUGUUCUUUGGCAGCCAUGAAACCUUCAACCUCCUCGGCUUCUGCUCCUUCUUCAUCUUCUUCGGCUUCUCGCCACCGCAAAGCUGCAAGAAACCGAGCGGGUGGUUUCGCUUAUUGAUAGACAAAAAAAAAAAAGCCAAGAACUGGAAAAAUGGAUUUUUCUUUUUUUUUUUUUGGUUUUGCUCCUUUGUUUAUUUUUUUCUUUUCAACUGUAUUUUCCAGUUUACCCUUGGCUAAUUUUGUAAUGACAAUCCUGUCCUCUAUCGUUUUGAUUCCUUGAAUU